AUGCCAUCCUCAGCACGAAUCCUCCGGCCCGCCAGCACCUUGCUGGGAACGGCCUCGAGGCAAGCACCACCAUCGACGACUUGUCGCCGAAUAUACCAAGCCGCGCGCAAAGCCCACACGAGCGCACGAUCCCUAGGUGCCUCCUCCAUAUCCCGGCCGAUUCUGCCGAUAGCAUUGAGGACAGCAGGUUUUGCACCCCCCGGCGCAAGAAGCAUAUUCAUCCAAACAGAGAAUACCCCCAACGCCGAUGCGCUCAAGUUCCUCCCCAACCACCGGGUCCUACCCCCCGAGGUUACCGCGUCCUUUAUCGAGUACAUGAACCCACGAAGCACCAUCGCGCCGCCAUACCCCUCUCCGCUCGCCGCGCAGCUCAUGAACAUUGAGGGCGUUACGUCUAUUUUCUAUGGCGCCGACUUCAUCACGGUCACCAAAGAUGCCGAUGCGAACUGGGCGCACAUCCGACCCGAGGUCUUCAGCCAUAUCACCGAGGCCAUUUCGUCGGGGCAGCAGCUCGUGACGGUCAGCCAGAAAGAAGGAGGCGAGGCGGGCCAGGUGGUCGAUCAGGAGGAGGACAGUUUGAGCUAUAAUGAGAAUGAUAGCGAGGUUGUGGGUAUGAUCAAGGAGCUGCUCGAGACGCGGAUACGGCCUGCGAUUCAGGAGGAUGGUGGGGAUAUAGAUUUUCGUGGCUUCGAUGAGGAGACGGGGUAUGUGAGCUUGAAGCUGCGUGGGGCGUGCAGGACUUGUGAUUCGAGUACUGUGACGCUGAAGAACGGCAUUGAGGGCAUGUUGAUGCACUACAUCGAGGAGGUCAAGGGCGUACACCAAGUUACAGACCCUGAAGAGGAAAUCGCCGUGGCCGAGUUCGAGAAGUUCGAGCAGAAAUUACGAGCACAAAAGGGACCCGAUGCAGCGCCGUCUGCGUUUGGAAAGGGUGGACUCGACUCUGUUCCUGGCUGA